AUGGCGCGAGUGGCUGUACCUACAAAUCUUAGGAUUCUUCUAGCACGUAGUCGGUCAUUGGCUUUUAAAGCGAAACGAAAGGGAAGUAUCUUACUUCGAGAAGAAGCACGACGUCUUCGUAACUUCACACGUUCGGAACUUAAACGUUUUCAACAAGAACAACUUGCUAAGAGUUUAACCGCUCGUCAUAAAUCUGGUUCAGAUUCAGUACUUUUUUGGAAUCGUACCAAAAGACAUUUCCGUACAGCUUCAUCUUCUCUUCGUGGAUUGAUUUCUUCGAGCGGAGAAUCCUUCAAAGACCCCCAAAACAUGGCUAACCUAGCAGCUGAUUACUAUGAACAACUAUUUGAAGAACCAGUAGUAGUAAGACCUCAUCCUUAUGUAGAUACUACACCACCCAUUUUAGAUAAUCAUUCGGACCCGAUCCCUUUGGUAACUUAUCCUGAAAUUCUUAAGGUGUUGGUCGGUAGAGAGAAGAAGCGUUCGAGAGACAGCCAUGGACUGUCACCAUAUUUACUUGGUAAUAUUCCGAAGAACUAUUGGCAUUUUUUCGUUCGCUUAUACAACCACUCUUUUUCAACAUUUUUUCUACCAAAACGAUCAAAAGACGUCAGAAUGAUCCUACUGGCAAAAAAAGAUGCUGUUUGUACUCCAGAUAAAACUAGGCCAAUCUCGUUACUAGACUCAUUCCUCAAAGUUCAGGAGCGUCUAUUUCUCAAUAGGUUCUUGAAAGUGCUCAAAGAUCGAGGAAUUCUACCUGAUAGCCAAUCUGGUUUUCGAGCUGGACAUCGUCUACAAACACGAGUCUUACUCUUAAUAGAACAAAUAUCAUCAUACAUGUCUAAUAGUGCACCAGUUGCUACUGUCUUUGUCGAUUUCAAGAGUGCAUUCGAUCAACUAUGGUUCGAGGGAUGUUUGGGAAAAUUAACUCGGAUGGGUAUCCCAUUGGCCUUUGUCAAAUGGAUUCGCGUCUGGCUUGAAGGCAGACGAGCCACAAUAGACAUCCAGGGAAAACGUUCUCGGUGGUUUUCAAUUCGUCGGGGUGGACCGCAAGGAUCUAGCUUUACUCCAACACUCUUCAUUGCCUACCACGCUGAUAUGGAGGCCUUUAUUCCGAUGGCUAUGUCCUUUUUCUUCGCUGACGAUCUAGCAGCUGUUGUCGCUGGUCAGAUGGGUAUUCGAUAUACUGAUCAAUGCAUUGAUCUUGAGCGACGACUUCAUUCGUUUUUCGUCCACUUGGAAUACUACUCAGCGUUAGCUGUACAACCAAUUAAUUAUUCGAAAACUCAAGUGAUGUGGUCAGCACGUGCGGUGGGCUAUCCAAGCCCGAUGCCCGCUCUCAAAUGUGGAGAACAUGCAAUAGAAUGGGUGAAAUCAUAC